AUGCAGAAAUCUACUUUUAGAUAUAAGAAUACAAUUUUUUUAAUUGCAGAUAAAAGGAACGGAAAGAAAUUUUCAUGUAAAUACUGUAAGAACAACUUCACAACUAAACGUAAUUUGCAACGUCAUGAAAAAAUACAUACAGAAGAAAAGCCAUAUACUUGUGAUGAGUGUAAACAGAAAUUUAGAGAAAAAGGAAAGUUAAUUAUACAUUUUCGGACCCACACUGGAGAAAAGCCUUAUACUUGCGACGAGUGUAAACAGAAGUUCAGAGAAAGAAAAACCUUAAUUAAUCAUAUUCGCACCCACACUGGAGAAAAGCCUUACACUUGUGACCAGUGUAAACAGAAGUUCAGAGAAAGAAAAACCUUAAUUAAUCAUAUUCGCACCCACACUGGAGAAAAGCCUUACACUUGUGACCAGUGUAAACAGAAGUUCAGAGAAAGAAAAACCUUAAUUAAUCAUAUUCGCACCCACACUGGAGAAAAGCCUUACACUUGUGACCAGUGUAAACAGAAGUUCAGAGAAAGAAAAACCUUAAUUAAUCAUAUUCGCACCCACACUGGAGAAAAGCCUUACACUUGUGACCAGUGUAAACAGAAGUUCAGAGAAAGAAAAACCUUAAUUAAUCAUAUUCGCACCCACACUGGAGAAAAGCCUUACACUUGUGACCAGUGUAAACAGAAGUUUACAGUAAAAGGAAACUUAAUUGCACAUCUUCGUACCCACACUGGAGAAAAGCCUUACACUUGUGACCAGUGUAAACAGAAGUUUACAGUAAAAGGAAACUUAAUUGCACAUCUUCGUACCCACACUGGAGAAAAGCCUUACACUUGUGACCAGUGUAAACAGAAGUUUACAGUAAAAGGAAACUUAAUUGCACAUCUUCGUACCCACACUGGAGAAAAGCCUUACACUUGUGACCAGUGUAAACAGAAGUUUACAGUAAAAGGAAACUUAAUUGCACAUCUUCGUACCCACACUGGAGAAAAGCCUUACACUUGUGAUGAGUGUAAAAAGAAGUUUUCACGAAAGUCGAAUUUACAACAUUUGCAACGUCAUGAAAGAAUGCACACAGGAGAAAAGUUAUACUGCUGUGACCAGUGUAAAAAGAAGUUUUCACAAAAAGAAAACUUAAUUGCACAUCUUCGGACCCAUACAGGAGAAAAGCCUUACACUUGUGACCAGUGUAAACAGAAGUUUACACGAAGGGAAACCUUAAUUACACAUCUUCGCAUUCACACUGGAGAAAAGCCUUACACUUGUGACGAGUGUAAAAAGAAGUUUACACGUAGUUCUAGCUUAAUUUCACACCUUCGUAUCCACACUGGAGAAAAGCCUUACACUUGUGAAGAGUGCAAACAGAUGUUUAGAGAAAAAGGAACAUUAAUUAAACACCUUCGGACCCAUACAGGAGAAAAGCCUUACACUUGUGACGAGUGUAAAAAGAAGUUUACACGUAGUUCUAGCUUAAUUUCACACCUUCGUAUCCACACUGGAGAAAAACCUUACACUUGUGAAGAGUGCAAACAGAUGUUUAGAGAAAAAGGAACAUUAAUUAAACACCUUCGGACUCAUACAGGAGAAAAGCCUUACACUUGUGACCAGUGUAAAAAAAGUUUUACACAAAAAGGAAACUUAAUUAGACAUCUUCGGGUCCAUACUGGAGAAAAACCAUUCUGUUGUGACGAAUGUAAUAAAAAAUUUACAGAAAAAAGAAACUUAAUUAAACACCUUCGGAUCCAUACAGGAGAAAAGCCGUACAAUUGUUACAUAUGUAAACAGAAGUUUACAACUGAACAAAGUUUAGAAAUUCAUAAGAGAACCCAUACGGAAGAAAAGCCCUACACUUGUGAUGAAUGUAAACAGAAAUUUGCACAAAGGCCACAUUUAAUUGCACAUCUUCGAAUACACACCGGAGAAAAGCCUUACACUUGUGACAAGUGUAAACAGAAGUUUACACAAAAAGGAAACUUAAUUACACACCUUCGGACUCACACUGGAGAAAAGCCUUACACUUGUGACAAGUGUAAACAGAAGUUUACACAAAAAGGAAACUUAAUUACACACCUACGGAUCCACACUGGAGAAAAGCCGUUCAAUUGUGACAUAUGUAAACAGAAGUUUACAACUGAACAUAGUUUAGAAAUUCAUAAAAGAACCCAUACAGAAGAAAAGCCCUAUACUUGUGAUGAGUGUAAACAGAAGUUUGCGCAAAAGGCACACUUAAUUUUACAUCUUCGAAUACACACCGGAGAGAAGCCUUACACUUGUGACAAGUGUAAACAGAAGUUUGCACAUAGAGGAAGCUUAAUUACACACCUUCGGAUCCACACCGGAGAAAAGCCUUACAGUUGUGACAUAUGUAAACAGAAGUUUACAACUAAACAAAGUUUGAAAACUCAUGAAAGAAUCCAUACAGGAGAAAAGCCCUAUACUUGUGACGAGUGUAAACAAAAGUUUGCGCAUAGAGGAAGCUUAAUUGUACACCUUCGGACACAUACCAGAGAAAACCGUAUGAAUGUUAAUUAUGUCGACUACUUUUUAAUUGCAGAAAAAAGGAAACAAAUGAGAUUUUCGUGUAAACACUGUAAGAAGAAUUUUAAAACUAAACAAAAUUUAAAAACUCAUGAAAGAAUUCAUACAGGAAAAAAGCCUUACACUUGUGACAAGUGUAAACACAAAUUUACACAAAAAGGAAACUUAAUUAGACAUCUUCGGGUCCAUACUGGAGAAAAACCAUUCUGUUGUGACGAAUGUAAUAAAAAAUUUACAGAAAAAAGAAACUUAAUUAAACACCUUCGGAUCCAUACAGGAGAAAAGCCGUACAAUUGUUACAUAUGUAAACAGAAGUUUACAACUGAACAAAGUUUAGAAAUUCAUAAGAGAACCCAUACGGAAGAAAAGCCCUACACUUGUGAUGAAUGUAAACAGAAGUUUGCACAAAGGCCACAUUUAAUUGCACAUCUUCGAAUACACACCGGAGAAAAGCCUUACACUUGUGACAAGUGUAAACAGAAGUUUACACAAAAAGGAAACUUAAUUACACACCUUCGGACUCACACUGGAGAAAAGCCUUACACUUGUGACAAGUGUAAACAGAAGUUUACACAAAAAGGAAACUUAAUUACACACCUACGGAUCCACACUGGAGAAAAGCCGUUCAAUUGUGACAUAUGUAAACAGAAGUUUACAACUGAACAUAGUUUAGAAAUUCAUAAAAGAACCCAUACAGAAGAAAAGCCCUAUACUUGUGAUGAGUGUAAACAGAAGUUUGCGCAAAAGGCACACUUAAUUUUACAUCUUCGAAUACACACCGGAGAGAAGCCUUACACUUGUGACAAGUGUAAACAGAAGUUUGCACAUAGAGGAAGCUUAAUUACACACCUUCGGAUCCACACCGGAGAAAAGCCUUACAGUUGUGACAUAUGUAAACAGAAGUUUACAACUAAACAAAGUUUGAAAACUCAUGAAAGAAUCCAUACAGGAGAAAAGCCCUAUACUUGUGACGAGUGUAAACAAAAGUUUGCGCAUAGAGGAAGCUUAAUUGUACACCUUCGGACACAUACCAGAGAAAACCGUAUGAAUGUUAAUUAUGUCGAGUGAAAUUCAUUCGAAAUGAUGAACUAAAAAAAGAUUAUAAUGGUCACACUUAGAAAUAAUUUUUCUUUGAAACAUAUAAUUUCUAUUUGUGUAUAAUGAUCAAAAGAUUCAAGCAAAACUGGUUUUAAAAUUAAAAUUUAAACUUUUUGAAUGUGUUGUAAUUUCCUAAUUGCAAUUUUCUGUUGUUUUAUAUGUAAACUUUGUCUGUAUAUCCAAAGUUUGUUGGAAACGCGACUUCUUAGUGAAUUUCGUUAUUAAAACUUUAUAUGAAUAUGUAAAUUUUUAAUAUGUAAUAACAAUGUCGAUAUGUAUAACUUUCUUCAAUAAA